UUUGUUACAUAACCGGUAGAACAUUUUGUCCAUUCAGAUAUUUCCUGCAGAGUAUAAUACACACUUGAUGUGGGCUAGGAUGCAUGGAUGUAGCAAAUGUCAGUGCAAUGACUCUAUACCUGUCUGCGUGCUUCUUCUUAUUUUAUCACCAUCCUUUUUUUUCCCUGGUUUUCCUCUUGGAGUGGGGAGGGGAUGUAAGAAGGCGAGGUUCUCUUGUCAGAUCUGUCAGUCCAGCCAGCCUGGCCCCGCCCACUUCAGCUGAGGCAUUACAUACUGCUGGUGCUCGUGCUCUUAGCAACGGUGCCUCAGCAACAGAGCCACGGCAACAGAGCUCCACGGCAACAGCGUGCCGUGUCUCCCCAAUGGAGCUGCCAUUGGGCGGACCAGCUCUCAGGCACUACACCCAGAGCAGACCGAGACCUCACCGACAAAAACUGAACUAUCGUCCCAACAGACUGCAGGAAACAAUAAUUGAGAGUGAAAAUGAAGUCCUUGAGCUCAUGGGGAGAGUGGAUGAAGGAGUUGAGGAGUUCUUUACAAAGAGAGUACUCCCUACUGAUACACUGAACAAGCAAGAUGAGGAAUCAAUCACGGUACACGAGGUGGCUCCUGCCAGCUCCGUUCCUUGUCCACCACCGACAAAAACACUCAGGAGGAAACUUGGUGAUUUCUUUACACUCAAAAAGAGGAGAGGUUUGAAAUCCGAGCCGAGCCAGGAGGGUCGCCCCAAAAAGGCCUCCAUCGCUGAUCUCAUUCGUCCUCUCAGGGAGGCCACCAGGUCUGAGAAAGACAAGGACAAGGACCGAGGGAAGGAUCACGACAAGGAAAAUGAAAAAGAGAAAGCAAAAGAGCAUCCCAGUGCUGUUACAGGAGAAUCAGCUGUUCAGGAGACACCUGUUACUGGUGAAGCACCGCUGAGGGGUGAGGCGGUGCCUCCCCGCCGCGCUCUCAGAGAGGGGAAAUCCCAAUCUCUCAUUCUGCUGUCUGGAUCAGCAGCAGCAGGGACUACCAAUGUUAGAAACAGUGCAAAGAAACCAUUUGAAGGCCAACAUAGCUUUGAGCAGAAACUCCAUCUCAUGCUUCAGCGUAUUGGAGUUUCCAAACCUCAGCCAGGAGAGACACAGAAUCAAGAGGGAGAGAUGAAAAAGGCAGAGUCUGAAGGUACCAUCAUUGACAGUAAGCCUGAGCCACCUCCUACUUUCUCAAAACCUCGAACAAUGUCUGCAUCAUCAGACACGCGGCAUCAAAUUCGAGCAAGUGUGUCAGCACACGAGGCAGCUGGGAAGCCUGCUUUGCUUCCAAAACCAGUAAUCAAACCAGGUCCACCGCCCACAACAUCUGGCCGUAACACACCUGAGAACGAGCUAGCCCAGAUACAGGAAGCAGAGACAAACACGCCUACUAAAGCCAGUCCAGCUGCGACUUCGCCAGCUCCUGCUGCUCCUCCUGCUCCUACACCAGCUGCUACCACCACUACUUCUGUAUCGACAAUCUCAAACUCAGUUCCAGAGUCAGCCAGUGUUACAGUUUCCCCUGCAAGUACUGCAACUCCUUUGGACACAGAUAUAUGCACUGACUCAGUUAACUCUACUGCAGCAGCUACAACACCCAUAUGCAGUACAGGGCUUGACAGCAAAGCCUCUAUCUCCGAAACCAGUGCCCCUACCACUGAACCUUCCACUUCUAUCAUUCCAAAACUUAAAAGCACCAGUACAUCAACAGUGACCCCUGGCACUGUCUCAGUUCCUCCCACAUCCUCAGACACCAUCACCCCAAGCCUCUCUGUCACUUCUACCAUAGAAACAAUGACUACGCCUUCCAUUACCACCCAACAAACUGUUUCUGCUCCCAGCAACCAAAGCUCAGUUUCCAAAACACCAACAGAUCUGUCAACCAAGUCAGCUUUGGUGGAGCCAAAAGGUGCUCUCACCGUUGAUGCUACUCCAGCUGCUGGAAAUGAUGCAGAUUUUUCUGUCACCACUGCAGCUUCUUCACUCUCCACCAGCACAUCAGAUAUGCCAUCAGACAUGUCUACCACCAUUAGUUCAGUUUCUGGAGCUGGUGAUAAAUCCACUUUAAUUGCUUCCAGUAGCACCGUAACAUUAGUUUCUUCGGUCCCUAAAACUUCAUGCCCCUCUUUUCAGUGUAGCGACACAGUUAUUGCUGCAGUUCCACAUGACGUCCCUAUUACCACACCCACCACUACCACCUCUGUUGCCCUGCCCCCCACCACCGCCACCCCUUCCGUCCCAGAUGAGACCACCAGCCCAACAUCCAGUGACUGGAUGAACUCUGUCUCUGCACCCACUGCUAGUCACCCAACCAUCCUUAGCCCAGUUGAGACCUCCAGUCCCUCCACUUCUUCCAGUGAAACAAACCCAACAGACACCACUUCCACCGCCACAUGUUUAAAUAGAGCAGAUACCAUCUCCACCAGUAGUUCAGCACACACAACUGAUUCAGACCCACCUCUCUCCAGCAAUGUCAGCAUCAUCCUCACACCACCUGUCUCUAGCCUGCCCCCUACUGAUAGCUCAAGUGCCCCUUCUCACCAUUUGAUGAGUCCAGCACCUUCUGAUGGUAGUCCAGUCCAAGAUCAUGACAUCUCAAGGGUGGAAAAAACAGAAAAGCCCACUGACAAAGACACAGAACAAGAGCUUGAGAUGGUCCAAGAAAGCAAGUCAGUUGAGCUGGAUGAGGAGAAGAAAGGUGUUGAUACUGGAGAGAAGAGCGAAAGUGACAAUGAAAAACCAGUGCUUGACAACAGUGAUGCGACAAGUAAAGAAGAGCAAGUUGAAGGUGUGAAAGCUGGAGAAGACUUUGUGGCUGAGCCUGCAUCUGGUAAAGAGAGUGAUGGAAGCAGAGAUGAAGCAGUCACCGAGGAUCUAAAGGAAGAAUAAACUACGUCAUAGAGUGAUAAGUGAUUGAGAUAUAAAUGCGUUGCUGAAUAUGGGACCAACUACUGUGACGGGCAGAGGAGAACACAGUAAUGGGAAUGGACAGUGGGGAGGGAGGGAUGAUCCAUGGCACUUCCUACAAGGACCACCACAUUACAGCAGCGCACCACAAAGGGUGGACCACUGGACCAAAGAACUGAGAUCCCCUUGGUGUGACGUUAUCAACAAAUCCAGCAGUGUCUUUGUCUUUUUUUUUUUUUUAACUUAUGUUUGAGAUUUUUGCAUUGCACGUAUGAUUAUGUACCAUAUGAAAAGUACUGUGGUAAAAUACACCAUGUUUACAAUAUAUGGAUAAGAUACAUAGCUAUGACUAUUAAAUGGAUUAUUCAAUUGA